CAGUUGAUAAGUAUCACUCGUCCUUGGGGCUGUGCAAGAUCUGGAAUUGUCCCUCUACUGCCUCGACCAUAUCUUCAGAGAAGAAUAUCUCGUUCCUCAGGAAAGGAUUUUUGCAUCAAGGCAGUCGGGGAAUUGGAUGUUGAGACAAACGAGCCGUCUCUGCGUGUCCCGACUUUGCACCUUUCCUGUAAAAUCUGCAAAAUAUGCCGGUAUAAGCACCUCACGGGUCAUUAUUGAUGAUGAAGACCGCACUGAGUAUAUACGGAGACGUAAAACGGAAUGGAAGCGCAAGCAAGGGGGCCAGACUUUCCUUGACCAUCUUAUCGUGACUGUACGUGCAGGCAAAGGCGGUAAUGGUUGCGCUGCUUUUCAUCGCGAAAAAUUCAAACCCUUUGGCCCACCUUCAGGCGGCAGCGGAGGCCGUGGAGGCGACAUUUACAUUAUCCCGACAUCAUCUCUCACCACCUUGACCUCAGUUCCCAAGCGUGUACAUGCUCAACCAGGCGGGAACGGUCAGGGAACUUGGCAAAAUGGCCGGAACGGGGAUCCCACCAUCAUACGCGUUCCGCUGGGCACUGUAGUCCGUGAACUGCCCAGGGACGACCCAAGGACCUCACCGGAUGAAUGGGAGACCGAAGAAGAGAGCCUGGAAGGUCUUGACUAUGAAACAAAACGGGAAAAGAUGAGAGAGAGGCGAUGGGUGCAUUAUCCGCGGUUCUCAGAAGCGAAUCAGGAGCGUGACUCCUUCAAGGAGGCUGAGGCGGCACUCUACAAUGAGGAAAGGGAGCGAAGAUUUGAGCGGCGCAAGAAACAGAUGAACAAUCCGAUAUUUCUGGAUCUAGACACGGAAGAAAUCAUGGAAGACAACACCAACUUACCUUUGGGACAAAGACGCGCGGAAUCGUUCGGAUAUCUCAUUGCUUCCGGUGGACAGGGCGGUUUAGGAAAUCCUCACUUUCUUAGUGAGGUCAAUAGGUCUCCCAAGUUCGCCUCGAGAGGUCACGAAGGCGAGAGGGUAACGCUGUCCCUGGAGCUCAAGAUCCUUGCAGAUGUAGGGCUCGUCGGAAUGCCCAACGCUGGUAAAAGCACACUUUUACGUGCUUUCACUGGUGGUAGAACAAGGACUGAAGUCGCUGGAUAUGAAUUUACCACUCUCAAUCCCAUCGUUGGCGUCGUUCGCGUUGGUGAAGACGGUAGCUUUGAGGGUGGACUCUCCACUGGCCUAGUCCAUGAUGAGACAUUAACCGAGGAGCAGCUUGAACAAGAAAGGCACCGGCGAGGCGAAUACGCCCAUGCCCUAACACGAAACCAACACACUUCUCGCACUGGCCAUCAUUUCGACUUGCUCGAAACUUUCCGUUUUACCGUCGCCGAUAACCCUGGGCUCAUUUUGGGUGCUUCAGAUAAUGUAGGCUUAGGGCACACCUUCUUACGAUCAAUGGAACGUGCACUGGCACUCGUCUAUGUCGUUGACCUGGCUGGUCCUGAACCCUGGACUGAGCUGCGUGUAUUGCGUGAUGAGCUGGAUCAGUACCAGCCGGGUAUGAGUGCUAAAGCGCGCAUGGUCAUCGCCAACAAGGCCGAUCUCCUGGGAGGCGACGGAGAUCCCGUGCUUGUGGAACAGGCGCGAGAGAAGCUCCGGCAGUUGGAAGAAUACGUCAGGACGCAGAUGAUCAUACCUGGGACAAGGCAUAGGCUUGAUGUGGUUCCUACCUCGGCCAAGUUCAGUCAAAACUUGUCGAAAGUGGUUGGACUUAUGAAGGACUAUGUUACGGAGGCUCGGGAGGCGAAACGCAGGAUGGAGUUAACGUCUCGCCUGUUCUAGCCUGUGGACUAUCCAUUUAGUCACUGUCCCCGUGGCACGAAGCACUAGCAAUGCCGAAGGAAGCUUGCAUUGACCCUGCAGACUGUACGCUUGGCCGGGGUCAAGUGUAUGAGCGCUAUCUUCCGUGAUAGGGAGGAUGCAGAUUAUUACU